AUGAAGACGAUGAUCUUAUCUAUCCUGUGGCAUUUCCUGGGUACUCAAGCAAUCCCCCGGGUAGAACUACUGCGGUUCGACGCUCUCAUGCGUAAUUUUGUCAACAACACUCCGUCGACAUCGGUGGAAGAUCCCGCCGCUCGAAGCCAAUUUCCCAGCAAAUGGCAUGCAAUUGCGUCCCAAGCUGGAGGCUUAGACUUACCCUCCGUGGCAACGUCCGUCGAGCUCUUGCAGGUCAACCUCAUCCGCCAACUUAUUCGUCAAUGUCGUCGGGACCUGUCUGCUGUCCCCAAGUGGUUCAUCCCUGCCCAGGCGACAUUUGACGAGGCGUUUGCAGGUCAAGGUACCGGUUUGGAUUUCCUCUACAUUCCGCUAUCCCACUGGGCCCACACCUCCCGUUGGAAGAAGGUCCCCCAGUACUGGCGAGCCGCUCUGGCUACCUGGAGUACCAAGAUUCUGCCCAAGCUGGUCAAUGCCAACCCGGUCUUCACCAAACUUACCUGGCCCAUUUGGAACAACACCUUCCUUCGCUUCACUAAUGACCGUAGAACACUUGCCGCACUUAUAAGCCCAAGUAAGGCCAGUCAGUUCCUCAGUCAUCAGGGCAUCCUCAGAAUCUCGACUUUCUGCUGCUGUUUCGGAUGGAUACCCGAUGAGUCCACACUCCGAGUGGCCCUUGCCGGCUCCUCCAUUAAGAGUGAUCGCUCCAAGACCGUGGUUGUGAAAGCGCUCGCCCCCCGGGUGGCUAUCCCUGCCCACUACGGUUCCUUCGCCAUUUAUCCGCUUCCACCCGAGAAUAUGAUAGCGGCGCUUCAUGUCUGGACCUUCGAUGGCCACGACAUUGUGCACGCCACGAACUCGACCAUACGGCGUCUCUUAGCCGCGACCGCACCUCCUCCUCUUCCACUGGAGCGACUCGGUGCUCCCAAUACUGUGUUGCCUGCCUCAUUUUGGGCCACAGAGCGCGUUUUUCAACGAGAUACACUACCGACCUUCAGCGAUCUGUUGUUCCGGUUACAGCACAAUGGUUUGGGCUUCCGCUACAAAUACGGCUGGCACACCGCGGAUACCCAGUGCGUUCAUCGCUGCCCCGACACGGAAACGGCGAAGCACCUCUUUUGGGACUGCAUCCUGGCCUCCCGUCUGUGGCAUUUUUUUCUCCCGCCUUUUAGGCGUAUUCUUCAGCUGGAAUUUACCUGGGACCAAGUACUCUUUCUUCAAGGCGUCGAAGUGCCACCAGUGGCUAAAGACACAUACGGUACUUCUCUACCGAUCAGGCUCUUCAAUAUCGUACGCUGCUGUGUCUUCCGAGCACUCUGGAUGAAUCGAAACAAGGCUAUAUAUGACGGCCCUGCUCUCUCCUUCGUGGGUGUCUACCGGCAGAGCUUAGCUACAAUGCGGUUACACUUCCAGCGGUUGUUCAAGAGCCUUACUAAUCCGAGGAAGCUGGAGUGUACGACGUACAAAUCUCACCUACUAGCUUUCAAGUGUGAAUGGCUACGAGACUUCGACUCGGACCCCUUUACGUUCUUCGAAGAAUAA